CUGAUAUCUCCAAACCAUUAUUCUUUCGCUCGUCUGUUUCCUCUCCGUUUACUUGUUCAUCGUCUGUUAUCAACUUAUCAUUACAAAUUUGAAUCGAUUUGAAAAGAAGAAAGCAAAUCAGCAGAAGAGAUGCAACAAGCAGAUUACAGUUCCUAUUACCAAUACCCUCACUAUCAAAACCCUAACAAUAAUUCAACCCAUCCCCCUAAUCUAACCGACCCUCACCAGAAUUCAUACGCCUCGGCGCCGCCUUUCAGCUCCGAUUACCCUAAUUAUCAGCCCAAUUACCCUCCUUAUCAUCACAAUUCCGAUCCUACCCCUGCUCCUCCCCCCACCGCUCCCUCCUUCACCCCUUCCUCAGCGAUUCCGUCAAGUCUUCAAUCAACAUACAAUCCGCCGUCUCAACCACCGCCACCGCCACCUCAACAACCGUCCUUCCCUCCUUACGAGACCCAUGGCCCCUACCCACCUCCUCCAACUAGUCAACAGUCGUCGUAUUACUCACCCUAUGAUCAGCAUCAGACGGCUCCCAAUUACGCACCCAAUCCUAACCCCAUGUACUCUGCUUCACCGUAUAAUCCGGUAGGAUCAGCACCGGUACCGCCUAUGUAUGAUAAUAACAGCAAUAAUAUUAACAAUAAUAGCAAUCCGUAUGCAAACUCGCCAAAAUUUGAUCGUAACGUUGGGUAUUUUGAUGAUAAGUAUGGUGGUUACACUCAGAACGGAUCUGAUUACGGGUCGGAUCUGUACAGUAAGCGACCUGAGAGCAGGUAUGAUGGUGGGUACGGGGACGGGGUUUAUGCUUACGAAGGAAGCAAAGUGGAGCCUUAUGGAGCGAGAGGCACGGCACCUAAAUCAUCGACUGGGUCAAACCUGUUUGAUGAUUAUGGAAGAGCUAUCAGUGUGGGCUCUGGGAAGGAUUCAUCGUCUGUUAGUUCGGGUUCGGGUAAGAUUGUGAGAGCUGUGCCAAAGGCAGAGUCACAGCAGGAUGUUAAGAGUGGAGUCCAAAAGUUUAGGGUGAAGUUAUUGGCUGAAUCUGGAGGCCAGAGCACAAUGGAAGUUCUUUGCCAGAUUGGUUUGGAUGGAAUACGUAUGCUUGAUCCCAAUACUGGUCGGACGUUGAGAAUUUAUCCUCCUGAGAACAUAACGAGAUGUGAUAAAACCGAUUCUUCUACCUUUGCUUUCUGGUCCAAGAGCUCUGUGGAUAUUGAACCAAGACGUAUCAGAUUACAAUCAAAUAGUUACACUACCAACACUCUUCUUGACACUGUAACAGCUGCAAUUGUGCAGUUCAAGGAGAUGGGUGGGAGCAGGAGGCCUGCUGAAUCUUCUAAGGCAGUUGAGCCAGUCACAGACAAGAAGAAAGGGUUUGACUGGAUGAACCUUAUAAAGCCAGGAAUUGAAGAGAAAGAUCAUUGGGUCCCUGAUGAAGCCGUUUCAAAGUGUACAGCAUGUGGGACAGAUUUUGGGGCUUUUGUGCGAAGGCAUCACUGCAGAAACUGCGGAGACAUUUUUUGUGACAAAUGCACCCAUGGUAGAAUUGCUCUUACUGCUGAUGAGAAUGCUCAGCCUGUUAGAGUUUGUGACCGAUGCAUGGCGGAGGUGACUCAGCGGCUGAGUAAUGCAAAGGAAGCAACUAGUAAACCUGCAGGUUUGCAGUCACAUGAAGAUCUUGCAAGGAAGCUUCAGGAGGAAAUGGAAAAGAAUCGCAAGGCAUCAUCAGGAUCGAAGUCGGAUGGUUCUGGAAGGCGGAUGAAGGAAGUUGCAUGUCCUACUUGCACGGUCCAUUUGCAGGUCCAGGUUCCCAGCUCGGGUUCUGAGACCAUCGAGUGUGGAGUCUGUCAACACCCGUUUCUCGUCAGUGCUCACUGAUUUUGCGUCGAGUUUGGUGAAGAAAUGCGUCUAUUCCCAAGAAAAUGAUAUUCUAAUUUAGAACUUAAUUGAGAUCAGGCGCUGAAUGUGUAUAUGGUUUUAUAAUUUGCUCAUUUUCGUUCACAAUAUGCUGUGGAUAUAUGGGUUUGUGAUUUGAAACAUGGGUUUGUAAUUUCAACUGUGCAUUUUUAUGUUAAAUUCAACAAAGAUAAAAAUAAUCCGAUUGAUUGUUGGGAGAUU